AUCCUGUUUUCCAAACUACAUGAUUAAAUCGGGAUUCACCAUUUUCAACACACAGCAUUUGCCAUUAACAACCCUUUCUUUUUAUUUUUUUUUAUGAAAAUGUGUGAAUCUGUAUCGUACAGCACGGGAACCUAUAUUUAGUAACCGCGGUCGAUAAUCUGCCAGCACGAUCGGCGAACAACAUGGUCUCUGCUCGCUUCUCACAGAAUUUGAUGAUAACCUAGAAUUCUCGAAUAAAUAUGAGGACAGAUAUGCAGAGCAUAGAUGAUAUAGAAAUGGAAGAAGUAAAGCAAGAAAAUUUAGCAGAAGUAGAAGGGAAUCUAGACUUGUUUUUAAACUCUCAACAAUGUGAUCCAGUUGAUGCUAAUGAUGAAGCAGAAGUCAACCUAAUUAUUAAGCAAGAAAUAGAAGAAAGCAUAGAAUUAAAAUGUCGCUGCUGUAAAUUUGUUGCCUACUCAUUUGAAAAGUUAGAAAAACAUGAGAACGGUCAUAGGUUAAGGGGAACGUUUUUAGAAUGUGAUUAUUGUGAUUUUUGUACAAAUACGCGUGAGGUAAUGAUCCAGCAUGUCACCAAACAUACAGGUGAACGUCCAUUCAAAUGUCAGAAAUGUGAGUUUAGUUCUCGCUGGAAACGUGAUUUGAUAAAACAUCAAGUAAAACAUUCUGAUGAGAAGAAAUUUAUGUGUUCUCAGUGUGACUUCACCACCAAGUGGUACAACAAUAUCCGACAUCAUCAAAUUACACAUACCACCGAAAGACCUUUUACUUGCCAUAUCUGUGACAUGAAAUUUAAACGUAAAACUGGACUUGAUUAUCAUCUGUAUAGACAUAAUGACUACAAACCCAAAAAAUGUUCAAAAUGUGAAUUCCGAUGUAAAACUAACUUUGAGCUAAAGUAUCAUCAACAUAAACACAGUGAUAUCAGAAAUUAUCCAUGUACAUUCCCUGGUUGUACACAGAAAUGUAAAACAAAAUCGGAUUUAGUCAAACAUUCCAAAAUUCACACGAAUAUUCGCGAUAAAAUUUGUGAGAUUUGUAAUAAGGGAUUUGUGACAUUAGCCAAUCUGUCUAAACACAAAUUACGACACGUUACAGAGAGAAACUUUAAAUGUGAUCUAUGUGGAAAUAGAUUUAAAACAAGAACAUCGCUUCGUCAUCAUUUUCAAACACAUAGUGAUAACAAACCGUUUUCCUGUGACGUCUGUGGACAUGAAUUUAGAAAUAGACACAAUUUGAAAACUCAUAAAUUAACACAUUCUGGUGACAGACAAUAUAAAUGCCCUAUUUGUCCGUAUGCCGGUAAAUUUCCAUUCCAUAUAUUUGCUCAUAUUGGUACAUUUCAUGGUGAUCAGUUUGCAUAUUUUUGUGAAAUUUGUCGAAAACCAUUUAGUAGGUAUAGUCAAUUACAGACGCAUUGCGGUAGAAUGCAUAAAGAUAAGGAUAUGCUCAAAUCUACGUAUAUUAAAACGGAGAAUGAUGAAAUUGCAGAGGGUUCAGAAAACAUGGUGAACAAAACCAAGAAUAACAUGGCUUGUAAAGAUGAUAUAAAUAUCUUUUCUAAACAAAUGGAGACAUCAACCAUCAAAACCAAUUGUUAUACAGAUAUGAAUCAAACUACAACAGAAUCCAAACUAGAGACAGACACACACUUUAAUAAUGAAGAUCCAACAAUUAAAACAGAAGAACCAAAUGUCAUUAUUUACAAUAUAGGCCCAUUCCGUCUUCCUUUGGCUUCAAAAGGUUUUAAUUUUAAUUUUGAUAAAACUGGUAAGAAGCCAAAACACUGGUUCAUGGAACCUCACAACAUGUCCGAUGAAAAAGCUGCAGAAAAACAGAGAGCUUAUAUCGAGAAGAAGGCAAGGAGUCUAGAUAAAUCAAGAGGAGCGACCAUGAGGAAAUUUGGUUGGAAGAAACCACCUUUCAAACCACGACAGACGUCAAACCCCAGAUAUCAAAAAGAUCAAGAAAAGAGAGUGAAGUCCAAGGAAAUAGGUCGAAUUUUUGUCAAGCAAGAUCCAGAACUCAGUGAUUUGAUAAAUGUUGGUCGUAACAGCAUUCGAAAGAUUAAGAUCUGUAAAAGAGCUGGACAGAUGAUGAAACAAUGGAAAGAAUUAGAGGUCAAGUUGGAGAAGAUUGAUGGUGAGGAGACCACUCCAUAUUCAGUCACAGUACCUUCAACUACCGAUUCAGCUAAACCCGAAGAAGCUAAAAUUGAUAUUAGUACCAUCAAUAAAGAACCUCAUUUACCAUUAGAACAUUCAAAUUCACCCCUUUUAAAUUCCAUAAACCAGUCACAACCUGCACAAAAUAAACACAAAAUCAAAAAGCGAAAAUCAAAAAUGAAAACUAAUAACAGAGUGAAAAAGGCCAAAAUAGCAGAGGUACUGAAUGAUGUUGGAUUAGAGACAGAGAUAAAAAUUAUUCCUGAAACAGACACUAAAGGUAUUGUUGAUAAAAAAGCAGAAGUAAGACCUCAAACAGAAGCAGAGAAAAUAUCUCUAACAAAGACAUUAAUAAGGUCAUUUCAAAAGCCAGUAGAUGCAGAAUUCACUCUUCCUCAAUCCAAGAAAGUCACUACCAUUUCCAAAGAAGCUGAAAUAAAGAAACAGAAAGUAAAAAGACCUGUCGGACGACCAAGGAAAAAAUCACCACAGAUUAAAAAAAUAGCAGAUCCUCAAUCAAAACAAAUCAAAUCUGUUAAUGAUCUUUUGGUUUAUCCUUUGCUGGAUAUUGAACCAACAUCAACCACCAUAGUUCCUAAUAGUGAGAUAGGCAAAGUGGAUUCUUUAAUUCAUACUACAGAGAAGAAACAAAUGGAUAAUCCCACAUACCAGUCGGAACCAAUGGAUCAAACUCAACUAGAAUUUAGCAAAUCUGUACCGACAGAGGUUAGUUCAAGUGAAAUUAAAAGUAAACCAACAUCAAUUCAAGCCACAGCUUCUCCUGCAUCUACAGGUAGACUCACAUUAGCCAUCAAUAAAUUACUGGAAAAGAAAACCAAAGAGACUUCUGUUUCCCAUACACAUACCAUUACUUCAAUUAAUGAAAAGGGUUCUCAGUCGGAUGUUUCUUCUCCUGAAUCCAAACACCAAAGAAAGUCGGAAAGUCCAAGGAAGAUUGCCAAAAGAUUAAAGAAAGCAGAAUCCUAUUGUUCAAUGGACUUGGAAAUUACAGACCCAGAUGACAUCCCUCUAUCACAUUGGAGGAAAUGUAAUGAACAACAAUUACCUGAGCAGAAGAAAAGGGAAUAUGAAUUUCAGGAUGCAAAGAAUGACAAGACUAAUCAAAAUAUAAAACAAUCUGUUGGUAGACCCAAGAAAUCGGCAAACAAAUUGGAUAACCAUGAUGUAAAUAUAAAACCUUUCAAAGGUUAUGUCCCGCUGAAUAUUCCUAAUCCUACACUCAAAAAGACAGCAAUGAAAAUAAGAGACAUGGAAAAAGCUAAUUUAACAAAUGAAAAAAUCCUAGAAAAUCUGCUUCGACAACCAUUUAGACCCAAGAGAAACCUGACAGAUUUGGAUGUUUUGAGGCACAAAGAUGAAGAUCAUGGAUCAGAUACCUCCAGAGACAUUAGGACCGGUUUUGAACAUAAACGUUCAAAUCAGAAAAUUAAAAUAACAACACCAAAGACGUCAACUAUUUCUGAUUAUAAAUCAGUGUACAAUUAUGGUAUAAAGAGCUUAAGAGAACUUUUAUCCAACAGCCCGUCUGCUAAACCUGAACUAAUCUUGAAAACCACAGAUUUGGUUGGUCCUGAGCCUGAUAGAAGUUUAAAUCAACUUAAUAUCCAUACAGUGGAAGAAAAAGAAGAUAUCCUCAAGAUUCAGAAAUGUUUACGAAAUGAAAAAUACAGAUUAAAGAAAAUAGCUCCAGAGUGUAGUCCUGUCAAAUCUAUGGAAAGGAUGAUCAAUUUUGGAAAGAAACGGAAAGAGAAAACUAUUUAUACCAUAAAGAAUCUGGAUUCCACUUCAGAUAACUCAGAUUGUCCAAUACUCAAACGAGUUCUUCUAAGAAAACAGGAAUCUGAAUGUGAAAAUGAUGUUAUUAUAAUUAAUGAUGAAGAUUUAGUUGAUAAACAUCAGUCACCAUGUUCCCCACACAGCCAUCAGCUAGGCAAUAACUAUAAAGUAAUAGUAAAAAUUCCAAAACCUAAAGAAAUUACGAAAGAAAGGAAGACUAAAAAGAAAAAAGUCUCGCCCAUAAUCAAUAAACCAAAGAGGCAAGGAAAAAUAAAGGUUUCUAGAAUUCCAGAACCAGUCCCAGUCGUUUCUGUCCGUAAUGGAGUAUCCAACAAAAAUAGUGAAGUUACUUCAAAGUUUCUGACCGUUGAACUGGAUAAGCUGGGCACAACGAUUAACAAGGAAGUGAAAAGAAUAAAAAGGAAGUACAUCAAACGCUCUGCAUUCUGGGUAAAUAGGAAAUCUGUAAAGAAGAAAAGAAAUAAACAUGGCAAGAAACAAGAAAGGAUUCCUAAAAUAACCAUUUCAACCAUCAAACAUCCCAAAAUUAAGAAAUCAAGGAAAAAAAGUGCUAAUCCACAUACAAAAGAUGCUGCUCCUGUUUCAAGGGAAUCUAACGACCAACCAUCAACCACAGACAUUAAAAAAGUUUUACAAAACUAUAUUACAAGCAGACGCAACAUGUCUCUGAAAAAGAAGGCUGCUAAAAAGGGAAGAAAAGAAAAAGAACCUGCCAACAAGAAAAAAUCUGUAACGGUUGUGAAAGAUGCAAAUAAAAUGAUUAAGACUAAAAAUAAGGAAAUCAAAAAAUCAAAAAAGAAUGAAGUGACAACCAAGACUCAAAACAAAGGCAAUAAAACUAAACCCCGGAAAAUGAAUAAUGUAAAACAGUCGAAAAAUAAGAAAUCUACCCAGGUUGAGAUUUAUGUUGAUGUGGAGGAAUCUGAAUUGUUAGAAAAAGUUGCUGAAAGUUUGAAAACCCAUACCUUUUCGGAUCCUACAUCAGCACACAAUUUGGAAGAAGAUGAUUCAACCACAAUUGAUAACAAAGAGGAUGGUGAUAUGAUGGUGGAAAGUAACAUUUUGAUCGCUCCUGAUGAAAAGUUUGAAAUUCUCCUGAAAACUGAAGAUAUAAAAACAGAAAUACCACUAAUACCAGAAUUUGCAAUUAAGAAUGAACCAGAAGAUUCUGAAAUACAAGACAAGAUAUGUAUAAAACAAGAAUCUAACUUUAAGAUGGAUACAGAAUUUCCAUACAUAGCUUCCAUUAAAGAAGAGACUAUUGAGAAUUAUAUAAUUGACAUCAAUAAUACCAUUGACACUGAUAAAUUAUAGAUCAUAUCAAAUAUGAAAAAAGUAUAUUAUUAUCAUAUAUUAUUAUCAAUAUGGACAACUACAUGUAUAUUAAGGUAUGAAAAAUACUGUAAGUAGAUAUCUGAAUAUCUUAUCCAAGCUUUGAAUAAAUAGUUUUAUUUGAAUCAGUUAAAGUAUAAAUUUAAGUAAAUCUGAAUGAUUUAUAUUUUGAGUGUACUAGGCGUAUACAUUAAUAAAUUAUGUUGUUGUGUUAUAAAUGUUUGUUCAUCAUUAAAUGAUGUCAUUUCAAGGUAGAAAUUUAUCAAUUGUUUAUUUAGAUAUUGUUUUGUCUAAUGAAUAGAUAUAUGUUUGUUAAAUGUAUGUGACAACCGUGAUUGUUUAAUUAAUUUUAUUGUUUUGUAUCUCAGAAUUAUUGAGUGAAAUAAUUUUUUAUUUGUUUUUUGGAAAGUAUAAUUUAUUUAUGAAUGUUGAAUAAUAUUGACCUAAUUGUUGCAGCUCAAAAUGAGAUAGCUAUAAUAUAGGGUUUUAGUUUGUGAUUCAAAUCCAUAUCAAAAUGAGAAGUAGUCCAUUUACUUGGACUGAAAGAUUUAACUUUAAAUAUUGAACUGUUUGAAAGUAAUAGCUGAAAGUUGUUACUGACUGGACACAAGAGACAGGUUUAUCCAGGCACAAGAUGAUUGCUAGUAAAAAGCUUACAACAGGAGGUGGCAUUUCUUUGAAAAUGUACCCAGGAACCUUUUACACAGAAUUAAUCAGUUUUGUUCACUGAAUUGUUCACUGCGAUAUGUUAUUGACUAUCCUGGUUCCUUGAAAAGUGAUAUAGUUUAUCUCUGGACAGCCCAAAAAUUGCCCUGUGUCCUGUGAAUAGCUCCCAGUAUUGUAGUACUGUAUACUAGUUCUUGUGACCUCCCGGCUAUUCACAUGAGGCAGGCAGUUUAUGGGGCUCUAAGAAACACUAGUAUUGGGUGGUCCAAGUGCUAAAGGGUUAAAGGGAUGCAGUUCUGUCAUUAAUGGAAGGAUUAUGUGAAUGUAUUUACUUUAUUAAAGAUGGGUUCCCAGAAAAGUAUUUAUCGGGUGGUUAUUUCCAAUAAAAGUAUGGCAAUUUUGGUAUAUAUGGAAAGUAGAGAUAUCCAAUCUUACUAGAAAAAUAAUGGAUUCUCCGAAAAACACUCAUGGAGCGUUUACAGGACAAAAAUGUAAGGGUUCCCCUAAUCAACAGCCCGACGAUUAGGAAGUUCUGCACGCGUGAUGUCAAAGGUCACAAGCGAACAUAUUGAGCGCUAUGUACAAGUUGAUAAACUUAAUGAAGAGUUAGAUGACGUAUGUGGAAAAAGACGCGGUUAGUGGAUAAUCCGAGAAUUUAAUUAGGAUUCGAUAUUUGUAAUAAAUAGUAAGCGAUUAAAGACAACAUCGUCUUAUGUAUGCAAUGAAUUCUCCUCUGACUCCCAAGACGUGACGUAAACAUGACCUGGUUUGAUCGAAUUUUAAUAGCAGGGCAAGGAUUUGAAGCAAAAUUAUGACAAAUUAAUUAGUUUGAAUAUGUUUUUGGUCUAUAUAUACCAUUAAAUCACCCAGUUUGUACGCGGGAACCCAUCUUUAAACCAUAAUCUAUAUUAUUAUCAGUAUUUAUUAAAAAAGGUAAUUAAAUAGUAAUAUAUAUUAGCUAACAAUAAGAUAUAAAAUGUUCAUAAAAAAUAACUUUAAAACAGGUACUAGAACAUGCAGUAGUCUUCUAAUUUUUGAAGAGUAUGCAUAGCUGCUCAAUUGCUUAUCUUAGAAAGCGUUCCAUACACCUUGCAACAUUUUGUUUGAUCUGUCCCACCUUUCGCAGAAAGAGGAAUCCAAGUACCAGGAAAGAUGAUACUUGUUUGAAACAGAUUAUCACAUUUAUCAUUAUAAAAAACAUUGGUAACUAUUAGUUUUAAAAUAGUGGUUGUGAUUGACAAGAUAUGUGGAUUUUUUUUUAUUAUGAAAAUUGCAAAUUUUAGCUAGCUAAAUAAUAGAAAGAAUAUAAAUGGGCUUCUACUUCCUACUGAUAGUUUCAUCAAAUGAAUUGCUUUAGCUAAAGAAUAAAGAACCUCCAUACUUAGUCAUAUAUUUAUGGACUUAGAUCAUCAUGUAUGUGAUUAUUAAAUAAUGUACACUGUUUAUUUGUUUCAUAUUGUGUAAGGCUAUGUUUAUUGUGAUAAA